GUAACACACAAAACAUUCUACUACAUACUCGCUCUCGAUCUCACCCAAAACCUGAACAUACACUUAUUGUCAUUUCAGCAUAUAUAAUUACAUACGCAGGAGAAAAACACAUCAUUUUCUUUCUUUUCAGAAUCCUUCUUUGAACAUCACAUCAUAUCAUCAUAUGGAUUUGAAGACCAUGAAACACACAGAAGUUUUGUCCAAAAUUGCUACCAACAAUGGACACGGAGAAAACUCUGCAUACUUUGAUGGUUGGAAGGCUUAUGAUAAUGACCCUUUCCAUCCCAAACAUAAUCCUCAGGGUGUUAUCCAAAUGGGCUUAGCAGAAAACCAGCUCUGCUUUGAUUUGAUUAAGAAGUGGGUGUUGAACAACCCCAAAGCCUCCAUUUGCACGCCCCAAGGAGCAGAAGAGUUUAAAGAUAUUGCUAUUUAUCAAGACUACCAUGGAUUGCCGGAAUUUAGAUGUGCUGUUGCAAGAUUCAUGGAGAAAGUAAGGGGAGACACAGUGAAAUUCGACCCCGACAGGAUCGUUAUGAGCGGAGGUGCCACCGGAGCUCAUGAAGCACUGGCCUUCUGUUUGGUGAAUCCCGGCGAAGCAUUUUUGGUCCCAACUCCAUAUUAUCCUGGUUUUGAUAGAGAUUUGAGAUGGAGAACAGGGGUACAGCUUUACCCAGUAGUAUGUGAGAGCUCAAAUGGCUUUAAAAUCACCAGAACUGCACUGGAAUCUGCAUAUAACAAGGCCCAAGAAGAGAACAUCAAACUGAAAGGCUUGCUCAUAAACAAUCCUUCAAAUCCACUCGGCACCGUUUUAGACCGGGACACCUUACACGACAUCGUGCGCUUUGUCACCGACAAAGACAUUCACCUAGUAUGCGACGAAAUCUACGCCGCCACGGUCUUCAGCCAGCCGGAAUUCAUCAGCAUUGCCGAGAUAAUCCAGGAAGUCCAAUGCAAUCCUGACCUUAUACACAUCGUGUAUAGUCUUUCCAAGGAUUUGGGGUUCCCAGGAUUCAGAGUCGGGGUAAUCUACUCCUACAACGACGCAGUGGUGAGCUGCGCCAGAAAAAUGUCCAGUUUCGGGUUAGUUUCAACGCAGACACAACACCUGAUUGCUGCAAUGCUAUCAGACGAUGAAUUCAUGGAAGAUUUCAUUAAACAAAGCUCGGAAAGGCUAAGGAAGAGGCACGAGAGCUUCACGCGAGGACUAGCCCAAGUGGGGAUAGAAACUCUGAAGAGCAACGGCGGGCUGUUUGUGUGGAUGAAUUUGAGAAACCUCCUUAAAGAACCAACUUUUGCCGCAGAAUUGGAGCUGUGGAGGAUGAUUAUUAAUGAAAUGAAGCUGAAUGUGUCCCCUGGAUGUUCGUUCCAUUGCCACGAAGCUGGUUGGUUUAGAGUGUGCUUUGCCAAUAUGGACGAUGAAACCAUGAGGGUGGCGCUGACGAGGAUCCUGAAGUUUGUGCUUCAGUGGAAGGGGGCGGCGGCGAAGAAGAAGCAGUGCAGGAGGAAUUUGAAGAUCAGCUUAUCCUUUCGGCGAUUGGAGGAUUGCAUGAUGUCCUCUCCUCACUCUCCGUCCAUGCAUUCGCCAUUGGUUCAAGCGACCACUUAAUCAAACAAGGAUCACUACGUACAACACCAAAAAUAUAGUAUAAGGCUAUUAGCAAUAAGUGUAGUCCUUUUGUGUCAAUGCAUAUUAUAAUUACAAAUAAUAACUAAAUUAAGGAAUAA